AUGGAGUCGCGAAUCGUGAGGUCCAGGUCCGAUCGGCAUGCGCUGAAGACCAAGGACGACUUGGAGAAGGAACGCUUGCGACAUCGCUCCGGAGCCUACUUUCGCUAUGAGAAUAGAGACAAUCCCAUUGAUGUCGUGAUGAACUGCCCGGGCUACCUUGGCCCUAGAGAACGGAUGACUGCCGGUGCUCACUGCGAGGAGGUAAACUACAUGGAGCGCGAGCACGCUAAAGUCACGCGGGAUGAAGUGACUGAGGCCCGACGCAAGGGCAAAUACAACAGAGAAGAACAUCGAUGGCGUUGUAUUGCUGGUGCUGAUCAGGCUGAUGUGAACCGCGUGGCGCGAAUGCAGAAUGACCCAAUGAUGGGAAGGAAGAAUGUCUCAGGCCAGCCAUUUAACAUUGUGAACCACGGUUAUGACAAGACACCGGCUGGAGCACAGCUAGAACAUCAUGACAACAUGAUCAGGUACCGGUCUAGGGUUCGAGAAGCUGCUCUGGCCAUGCGGAAUCAUUUAGGGUUCAACCCCAUUAUUGGCGAGCAGUUCAUGCCCCAGCUGAGCAAGCUAUGCGUGAUGCUGCUGGCCGCGAUCCAGUGCGCUGAGCUGCUGAGUGCGCUCUUCAAGCGACGAUCAGAUGUUGAGUCUGCAGGGCAGGUGUGGGAGUCAAAGCCUGCCGAGUCUUCGGCAGAUGCGGGGGCGUCACACCUGGCCGGUCUGACAUUUGAUGGGCCUUCAGCACAGGAGUGGCUGAAGCAGCUGGAGCCUUCGCCAGAAGAAGAUCUGCUGGCGGAUGCAAUCAAUGAAGGACUUGCAGAGCGAGAGCAAGCAGCGCCUUCGCAUGCCCCCCGUGCAGUGAAGCCCGAGGAGGCUCGCCGCCUGAAGGAGUUGGUUGCUGAGCUGGCAACCUUGCAGGAGCAUUUCUCCAAGGAGCGCGAGCGCUUGGGUGCAGAGAAGGAGGAGGUGAAGGCCAAGCAAGCGGAGAUUGCAAAGAGGGAAGCCGAUCUGGAGGCCCAGAAAAGAGAACAGAAGCAGAGGGAGGAAGACAGGAAGAAUUAUCCGCAGCCCGCUUGGCUUGACAAGGUGGAUGGCUGCAUCAAUAUUGCCGUCGUAGGAAAUUCCGGCGUUGGCAAGUCCCUUCUCAUCAACAGGCUGCGGAGGAUGCGGCCGCAGGCAGAGGGUUGGGCGGCCGUCGGCGUCAAUGAAACAACCCGAGAGCCAACAAUGUAUCCAUAUCCGAACCAGUCAAAGGUUCGCCUUUGGGAUCUUCCUGGUGCUGGAACCGUCUCAGUGCCAGCAGAGACCUACUUGCAGGACAUGGGUCUUCGGUACUUUGAUCAUGUGGUGGUGGUCACUGCGGGCCGCUUCACAGAGAUGGAGGUCUCCUUGAGAGCUGAGCUGGAGCAGUACGCCGUGCCGUACUGCAUGGUCAGGACGAAGGUGGAUCAGGAUGUUGUCAACAACAAAGAGGACAACUUUGCCGAGAAGCACGAAACCCUGAAGCAGAUUAGGGAUGACUUGGAGAAGACGCAUGGGGUUGCUACGAAAAGCUUGUACCUGGUGUCAUCCAGAGAUCCUGACGAUUAUGAUAUGCCUCGCCUUUUGGCAGAUCUUUUUCCCGGCAUGAAGCGUCAGUUGGACCCGGAUGCGCCAGCAUUCUGCCCAGCGGGCACAGCGGCAGCUUGCCAGGCCAGAGCGCCCCCGGCGUGGACUGACGCCUGGGCAAUGCCGCCAGCGCUGUCCCUGAUUCUUUCAGGGCUUCAAGGAGCAUGGUGUGAUAACUUUGGCAGCGCCUAUGUAGUGCAGAAUGAUCACUGCCACGUGACGCUGCGCUCGGCGCACUACACAGUGGUCCAGUUGUCCCAAGACGGCUGUGCUGUGUGGUGGGUGCAGCGAUGGUAUGUGGACGAGGAGGAUGUGAAGCGCACGCUUUGCAAGUUCUUCCUUGCGGGUGCCUGCGAGAGAGGUGACAUGUGCACAUGGGCGCACGGGGAAGAGGAGCUGGGACAGCCCGUAGGCGGGGCACCGACCAGCUUGGACUUGCAGGCACAUCAAGGCUUCGUCGAGGAGGGUGUCAAGCGCACCAUCUGCAAGUUCUGGGAGGCACGCUGUUUGGCCCUGAUCGCCUUCGUGCCAAGCUGGCAAGUUCAGGCAGAGCCGGUGAGCAUUGGCAUGGCCGCUCAGGCCGAGCUUCGCAUGGUGAGCGAAGCAGGCAGUUGCUGGCUUCCCAAGGCGGGCGCUUUGAUUUGCGUUCUGUGGAAGUCCAUCUUGCAAGGAAGCUCUGUGCUGUCAAUUCUCACAGAGGCCUCCGAGGAUUUCGAAGCGGAGGACUUCGAGGAUGACUUCAUGGAUGAUUUGCAACGUAGCGUCGAGGAGUCCCGAGAGCAACACCAGCGAGCAGUCAGCGUGGGUCGUGCUGCUGGCCACGAGCCUGUGCUGCUGCUGCCAGUCCUGCAGGCGCUGUUCCCUCCCAGCUGCCUGGCCAACGCGGAGGACGAGGUCGGCAUCCGAUUAGGGAAGGGCGUGUACAACGGCUUAUAUGUGGACUGCACGUUUGGACGUGGCGGAUACAGCAGAGAGAUUCUGUCUCGUCUCAGCGAGGAUGGGCGGCUGCUCGCCCUUGACAUCGACUCCAACUGUCUAGGAGCAGGCCGUUUGUUGGAAAAUGAGGACGAAAGGUUCUGCUUUCUUCCGCGCGCUUUCUCAGACUUGGUCAGCAUCUUUGAGAGUCCGGAGGAGAAUGAAGAGGUGUCAAGGAUACUGGAGCUUGGCCCGCCAUCUGGCAUCGUGUUCGACGUUGGAGUCUGCAGUGUUCAGAUGGACAAUCGCGCUCGGGGCUUCAGCCUGCAGAACUUGCAGCAGCGCCCGGACAGCCCGCUGGAUCUGAGAAUGAAUCAAAGCGUCGGCAAGUCAGCGGCGGAGUGGCUGCAGGCGGCAACCGUGGAAGAGCUGGCUUGGGUCCUCCGCGAAUAUGGUGCAACCAAUCAGGAACCUGUGCAAGCUGAGAGAAUGGCCCAGGUCAUCUACGACGAUCUGCAAGAAAAUGGGCCCAUUGAGUCCAUGAACCGCUUGGCUGAGAUCGUCGGACGUGCAAGAUGCAUUGGCGAUGAGAGCUUUGAGCAUCCUCCGUCAGGCAGAGCACACCCAGCCAGAUUGACCGUCCAGGCCAUUCGCCUUUUCCUCAACUCGGAGUUGGAGCAGCUGCGAGUAGGCCUUGAGAGUGCAUUCCGCGUGCUCGCCUAUGGUGGCCGGUGUGUUGUCACUGUCUUCAAGCAGCCCGAGGAAGCCAUCGUCCGUCGCUUCUUGGUGAACAUGGAGGACCCAGACCCUGAGACCGUUGCUCGGUACCCCAAAAGGCGCUUGGUGGAGCUCUUCCCGCUGGCUGGGAGCGACUCGGAGUUCGCAGUUCGGCUCCAAUCACUGCCAGUGAGGCACAGCGCUUUGAUAUCCUGGCAGGCCUGCUGUCGGAGAGGUCUCAAUGAACAUCCGAGCUCGGUCAGGCGUUGUGUUUGUCAUGGAGAAAGUGCCACGGACCUGCCCGCGGGUCAAGGCCAAGCCCAGGAAGCUGGUGAAUCGCUUCAAAGAGCCUGA